UAUCAAUCUUUAUUAAAUUUUAAACUUAGUUUACGCUAUGCAAUUGAAUGCAGCAUAAAAUAUCUUAGCUGCCGUACUUUCUGACAUGGUCGCAAGCCACUUUACACCAUGCGAAGGAUGGCGGAGGAGAUACAACCUACCCAGGUUCAAAGCUCCUGGAUAUCAAGUUGGCUUCCCUCUUGGUGUCCCACAUCUCCCUCUCGGCUGAAAGAUGCAGAAGAAAAAAUGCUUAAGAGUGUGAAGCGGCCUUUCUCCAGGCAGCACGUCCGGAUAUCCAACAGCAACUAUCUCUGGACCUUAGCUUUUUCCACUCAUCCUCAACUACACUCUCUCUCCGCACCCCCUGCCCAGACCGGGCCGCCUCUGGUUCUGCUGCAUGGCUUUGGAGGCGGAGUCGCACUUUGGGCCCAAAACCUGGACACACUGUCUGACAGUGGGCCGGUCUACGCUCUAGACCUGCUGGGCUUUGGCAGGAGCAGCCGCCCCGAGUUCCCAACCGACCCGGAGGGGGUUGAGGAGCAGUUUGUGGCAACUCUGGAGGAGUGGAGGGAGAGGGUGGGACUGGAGGAAAUGGUGUUGCUGGGACACAACCUUGGAGGAUACCUGUCUGCUGCCUACACACUCAAAUAUCCACACAGGGUAAAACAUCUGCUGCUGGUGGAGCCAUGGGGGUUCCCAGCUCGUCCAGAUAACCCCAACCACAGCUCCAUUCCAGUGUGGAUCAGAGCCAUGGGGGCUGUCAUGAGCCCCUUCAACCCUCUGGCUGGACUCAGACUGGCUGGGCCUCUAGGUCCAAUGCUGGUCCAGACAAUCAGGUCAGACUUCAAGCAGAAAUACUCUUCAGUGUUUGAUGACAAUACAGUAUCUGACUACAUCUACCAUCUGAAUGCCCAGACUCCAAGUGGAGAGACAGCCUUUAAGAACAUGACCAUUCCCUAUGGCUGGGCUAAGAGGCCCAUGCUGGAGAGGAUCGGCCAGGUCCAGGCUGACAUUCCUGUUUCCUUCAUCUACGGUUCACGCUCCAGCAUUGACAGUGACUCUGGAUAUGCGUUUAAGAAAACCAGACCAGAUGUGGAAAUCAGUGUGAUCAGAGGAGCGGGCCAUUAUGUUUUCGCUGACCAGCCUGAUGACUUCAACCAGACAGUUCUGCAGAUCCUCCACAGGAUGGAGAAGAAAAGUGACAAUGAAGGAACAAAGCAGCAAGAGCUCCCUCAGUCAGACGACACACAGGAGGGCACAACUAGCCCAAACCCAUGACACAGCCACAACAGUUUAUCUGUAAGCCUCUUCAUCAUGCACUUUACUCUGAAGAGAUACCCAUCACUGACUGAGGACACUUUACUUAUCAUUCCAUGGUGUAAUGCUCCCUAAGGCUUGGGGUCAAAGAUCAGAUGAUGCCACCAGCCUUGUGUAAAGAAAUUUUGUAAAUAAAUGUCAGUUGCAGUCUG